AUGGCUUGCAUGGCAGUUAUCAAGAGAGACGAGGGGUAUUAUGGUAAAUCACUCCUUUCCUUCUCCAGCCAAACCGCCGACUCCACCGAUCCCCCAACUAUAAAGGCUUCCCUCCGGUUUCCCUCCCCGAUAUUUCUGCUUCUCUCUGAUGCUUUCGAAUUUCGCUCUCAAUUUUCACCGGCGAGGAGAUUGAAAGAUUAUCCAUACACAAUGCGAGGCCAUGAUUGGAUCAAUACGGCGCUACCCGAUGAGCUGAUCGUUGAGAUCUUUCGAUGCCUCGAUUCGAAGCUGAGUCGCGACGCUUGUUCCCUCGUCUGCAGGCGUUGGCUGAAGCUCGAGCGCCUCAGCCGGACCACUCUUCGAAUCGGCGCUACUGGUAGCCCCGACCUCUUUGUUCAGCUUCUUGCUCCCCGUUUCGUCAAUGUAAAGAAUGUCCACAUUGACGAGCGCUUAGCGAUUUCUCUCCCCCAUCAUCCAGGAAGAAGACGUCGCAAUGAGUCUAAACCACACCGUGCAACUGAUGGUACUGGGUCUGAAGGUGUGCUGGAGUCUUCUUGUCUGUCAGAUGCUGGGCUAAUUGCUCUCUCUGUAGGUUUUCCAAACCUUGCGAAACUGAGCUUAAUUUGGUGCUCUAAUAUUUCAAGUCAGGGUUUGACAUCCCUUGCUGAGAAGUGUAGAUUUUUGAAGUCGCUGGAUCUACAGGGUUGUUAUGUUGGGGACAGAGGUGUAGCUGCAGUUGGGGAAUUCUGUAAACAACUUGAAGAUGUAAAUUUGCGUUUUUGUGAAGGGUUAACUGAUACUGGUUUGGUUGAAUUGGCCCACGGUUGUGGGAAAUCAUUGAAAACAUUUGGUAUUGCAGCUUGUGCCAAAAUAACGGAUAUCUCAUUAGAAGCUGUUGGUAUGCACUGUAAAUAUCUGGAGUCCUUAGCGCUAGAUUCUGAAGUCAUCCACAACAAGGGGGUGCUUUCUGUAGCCCAAGGAUGCCCACUUUUGAAAGUUUUGAAGCUACAGUGUACAAAUGUCACAGAUGAAGCUUUGGUGUCUGUAGGCUCUUUAUGUCCUUCUCUGGAAUUAUUGGCUUUAUACAGCUUUCAGGAAUUCACAGACAAGGGUUUACGUGCCAUUGGAGUAGGCUGCAAGAAGUUGAAGAAUCUCACCUUGAGUGAUUGCUAUUUCCUGAGCGAUAUAGGCUUGGAAGCAGUUGCUGCUGGCUGUAAGGGACUAACACAUCUUGAAGUUAAUGGCUGCCACAACAUUGGAACCAUGGGACUUGAAUCCAUUGGAAAAUCUUGCCCCCAGCUCACUGAAUUAGCUUUGCUGUACUGCCAAAAGAUUGUGAACUCUGGUCUUCUUGGAAUUGGUCAAAGUUGCAAGUUCUUACAGGCACUCCACUUGGUAGAUUGCUCGAGAAUCGGAGAUGAAGCAAUAUGUGGUAUAGCCAAAGGAUGCAAAAAUUUGAAGAAACUCCAUAUUCGUCGAUGUUAUGAGAUUGGAAAUGCAGGAGUCAUAGCUAUUGGGGAGAAUUGCAAGUCCCUCACGGAUCUGAGCCUCAGAUUUUGCGACAGGGUUGGUGAUGAGGCCCUUAUCGCCAUUGGCAAGGGUUGUUCCCUUCAUCAGCUCAAUGUUAGUGGGUGCCACCGUAUUGGCGAUGCUGGAAUUGCAGCCAUUGCUAGAGGUUGUCCUCAGUUGAGUUACUUGGAUGUGAGCGUUCUUGAGUACUUGGGGGAUAUGGCACUGGCUGAGUUAGGGGAGGGCUGCCCCUUGCUCAAGGAUAUAGUAUUGUCCCACUGUCACCAGAUAACAGAUGCGGGUUUAACACAUUUGGUGAAGAGAUGCAGCAUGCUCGAAUCGUGUCAUAUGGUUUAUUGUCCCGGCAUCACCGCAGCGGGGGUCGCCACUGUCGUUUCUAGCUGCCCAAGCAUAAAGAAAGUUCUGGUUGAGAAGUGGAAGGUGAGCGAGAGAACAAAACGACGUGCAGGCUCUGUCAUUUCCUACCUCUGCGUGGACCUCUAGAUCGCCUUCUCGACACUGUGUUCGUGGUCAUAAGGUCGAGUAACAUAUAACCUUACCCCAGUAAAUCAAUCCAGAAUUCGAUCGGUUUUGCUUUUCAGUUGCCAUUAGUGGUGGUUUGAAGUUGAACCUUUUGUUGAAAUGCUAAGAUCUUGUAAUGAAUGAACAAGUCCUCAUUUGUUUUUAUUAUGCUAUAUUUGGGGGGACGUGCACAAAUAUGAAUUAACAUAGUUUAAUGGUGUAUAGAACAUAAUCAUGCAACAGUUCUAAUGUGAAUUGAAGAAAAAUUCCACUCA